UUUCACCCCGCCCCUCUCCCCGACCCCUCAUAGUGGCUUUUUUUUUUUUGUUCUUGUUGUACGAAGGUACUAAUUACUAGGUAUUCAUUACUGGUUGAUUUUCACUCGCUGUCUCGAUUGCUAAUGCGCCGAUCAGCACGGAUUCAGACGUUGCAUAGACUGGAUAAAUAGCAUACUUGAAUAGAUCGAUUGACGCUCAUUCCUGACCCCUCCGCGAUAUGGGCUCGACACCCGAGUCGACGGCCUUAUCUUCCGUUCGGUAUAUCGCCCAGUCCUAUAACCAUGCGGAUUCGCACGCCUCCGCGUUGAGGCUGGUUCUGACCUUGAACCCACAUUGGGAGGGCCCAGGCAACCAGAUCGAGUUCGUGCGGUUCACGGACGGGAUCACCAACACACUCCUCAAAAUCAUUAAUCGCAAACCGGGCUGGUCCGAGGAGCAGAUAGACAAUGAUGCAGUACUGAUGAGAGCGUACGGUAACCAUACAGAGAUUAUCAUAGACCGCGAAAGAGAAACGAACUCCCAUGCGCUCCUGGCUCGCCAUGGCCUAGCCCCGCCCCUGCUGGCCCGCUUCCAGAAUGGCCUCCUCUACCGCUUCAUCCGGGGCCGUCCGGCCACCCACGAUGACUUGGUGACCCCGCGGAUCUGGCGGCCGGUGGCUCGGAGGCUCGCACAGUGGCACGCCGUGUUGCCCAUCAAGGGCAAGGCGGAGCCCUCCAUGUCUGCGGCGGCGAUGCCCAUCAUCCCCCAAGUAGACGCGCAGACCGACGCCCAGCCGCAUCUGCAGCCCAGGGAGCACGAUUUCCCGUUGAUCAAACCCCGCCAGCCCGGGCCCAACAUGUGGACGGUUCUCCAGAAGUGGAUCCUUGCCCUCCCGAGCACUUCGGAGGAUCAGCGCCAGCGGCGGCUCCGCCUACAGGGGGAGCUAGAGCGGGUGGUGGGCGAGUUCGACGACGGGAAGGGAUUGGGUGAAGACGGGUUGGUGUUUGCCCAUUGCGACCUACUCUGCGCCAACGUGAUCGCGCUGCCGUCGACCAACGACUCGGAAGACGCCACGGUCCAUUUCAUCGACUACGAAUACGCGACGCCCUCCCCGGCGGCAUUCGACAUCGCCAACCACUUCGCCGAGUGGGGUGGAUACGACUGCGACUACGGCAUGAUGCCCACCCGGGCGGUGCGCCGGCAGUUCUUGACCGAAUAUAUCAAGAGCUACACUUCACACAAGGGGAUCCCCGAAUCGUCGCAGACGGACCUGGUCGACCGGCUGUACGAGGACGUGGAUCGAUUCCGGGGAAUCCCUGGUCUCUACUGGGGUGUAUGGGGUUUGAUUCAAGCCCAGAUCUCCCAGAUCGAUUUCGACUACGCAACGUACGCCGAGAACCGUCUCGGAGAAUACUAUGCCUGGCGCCGUGAAACGGACGGCAGUCGAGCCCAGGCCGGGGAGGAGAUGCCGCUGCGCGAGCGGCGGUGGGCGCAAGAAGCUUAAACAUCGCACUCUGACUUGUGCACCCUGGCCCGUCGCUCACGACGAGGCCGAAACGCCACAUCCAACGGCGCUCACAUAAUUUCCUACUAUAUAUACCACUAGACAUUCUUUCAUUUCGCGGCGAUAGGACGGAUCGCCAGUGUUGACACGCAGCGAUCGUCCUAUGCUUUUCUCUGUCUUGCGUGAAACGGGAGUUUCAACAAUAUCUCUCGGAUUGACGAACGGGGAUGUGCAGCAGAGACGUUAUGCCGCCUGACGACCAACGGAAUAACAAAAAUCGAAAGAUAAAAAAAAAUGAAAACCCAAGAACAAAGAAAAGAAGGAAAGAAGGAAAAAAAAAUAUAAAGAAAAAGCACAAGGUAUAUCAAGAGUGACGACAGCGACGGCAUUGGCAUUUUUAUGUAUGGGUUCUCUCGUCUUCAACGACUGACUGACUGACUUGGCUGGCUGGCUUGAUCGGAUUGAUCUGGUGUUUGGUCUAUUGGCGUGCAGGAGGGCAUAGCGUAAUAUUUAUAUGAUGCAGUUUAUGCUUUUAUA